AUGCCUCCACCAAGGAAACAGGAACAAAGCAUUAACGAGAAGCUUGCUGAUUUGGACGGAAGAAAGACCCGACCAAGAAGCAGUUGUCGAUACCGAUUGCCGUGCUUACAUCUUUUGCUGCUGUCAGACUCCUAUGUUAUUUCAUUGGUGAAGAAAAGAAAAAAUGCUACCCAGAAGCUAUUAAUCUUUAAUGGCAAAUUCAGCGGGCAGUGUAACUACUCAAGUGAAGAAAGUGAAUAUAGAUAUGGAAAAUCAAUGUUUUGCCACAGAAGAAUUCAAAAAUGGGAGUGA